CUUUUCCACCAGAGCAGGACGUCUUGCUGUCAGAUCCGGAGCUGUUGUUGACUAUAUACAAAUCUGACCAGGAACUCUUGCUGUUAGUUACUUGACUCAUUGAGUACUUCUGCAGAAGAGACGGAACAUCUGGAUGAUCAUGGAUGAAUUCACUCCUUUAGACUGUCUGCUACCUACAGGCACACAGAAAAUAUGUCUGAUCAUUCUCAACCAGCCUUUGGAAAAAGACUGUCUUCACACACUCUGGAGUAAAGCUCUCCUGCGGGCGUGUGCAGAUGGUGCGGCCAACCACCUGUAUGACAUCACCGCUGGACAACAAGACAGUUUUCUUCCAGACUACAUCAGUGGGGACUUUGAUUCUAUUACUGCAGAGGUCAAAGCUUUCUACACAGAGAAGAAGUGUCGGUUGAUAGAGACUUCUGAUCAGGAGCUGACUGACUUCACUAAAUGUCUGACCAUCAUGGUGGAGGAGAUCAAGAGACAACAACUUCAGGUGGAUACUAUAGUGACUCUGGGUGGUCUAGCAGGAAGAUUUGACCAGACCAUGGCUUCAGUAGAGACUUUGUACCACGCCCUCAAUAUGACAGAACUACCUCUGGUGGUUCUACAGGGAUGCAGUCUGGCCUACCUGCUACGACCGGACAUGAGACACAGGUUGGGAGUGAAUACAGGACUGGAGGGGGAAUGGUGCAGUCUAAUACCUAUAGGAGGACCAUGCAAAACACACACCACUGGACUCAAAUGGAACCUGGACAACCAGGUACUGCAGUUCGGGAAGCUGGUGAGCACAUCCAACACCUACGAGCCUGUCGCCCAGGGAGACCAGAGGAAGCCUGUAACCGUGACAACGGACCAGCCACUGCUCUGGAGCAUGGGCAUCUGCAGGGACAGGAAAUGACAUCAUCGACCAGGGUGCUCCACCUCCUUCCAGAAUGGACAAAUGGGUGUCAUUUAAAUAGGCUAAUGGCUUCCUCUCCCAAACUGAAAAUUCACGCUUCUGCCUAGUUGAAAUACUGGAAAAAUGCCUCUUUCCUUCCUUGGUGAAGGAAUCUCUGUACGGUCACAAGAGGAAGCCACUUUAGACUAUAGAUUCACCACUAGCCUAGGAAACUCCGUCCUGAUUCCAAACUGGAGACUUGCUCCCUUCCCCUUGAAGACGAACCAUUGCAGAUCUGAGGUGGGGUUCAAAUCCAUACUUCUCAAGGGUGGAUUUUAGGGUGCAAGUCUACGGUUUGGAACGCAAACCCAAUGUGCCUUCACCGUUGUCGCUUAACAAACAUAGAUACACAUUAUAUACAAGUCAAACAUAAGUCAAGCUGCGUAUUUCUUUGAUUUAUUAACACAGUCAAAUAAAAACAUUGCAAACAAUGUAAAAACUACCCUCCCACCACCACUUUUCCACAGUGCCCCGCUGCCUAAGGUCUCUCGUUAUUGUAGUUCUGUAGUUGUAGUUGUGUAACAUCUCCAGAGGUUAAACCGCCCCUGAGAGAGAUAAGAGAACUCACAUAAACAGGGCCACACAGAGGCUAAUUCAGUUUCUCCCCUUCACCCAAAAGUAUACAAUCAUCCACUCCUCUUAACUGUAGUGGCAGAAAGGCUGUAUGCCUUAUGAUUUAAAAUAGAGCGUGUUUCAUGCAUUCCAUUAAAUCAAAUAGAACUGCAAAACAUAGUUUGAUAUUAUCGCAGACCUACAUGCAUCUAUGCACAUAUCUUGAUACCAAUGAAUCAUAUAUUUGGAUCUUGUAGACUGGUAACAUUAGUGCACUUUAGAACACUGUAGUCAGAUCACCCAAUCUCUAUGCUAACCUACAAAGCCAAAUGGACUGAACUUGAAUGAUGUUUUCUACCAAUAAUGUGCACAAUACAGUACUGACUGCCUACUGUCCAACUGACUCCUGGUGUGUGUGUCCUGCAGUGUCUUGUCCUAUGUUGAAGGUGCGGUCCUACUUUCACAAUUGAAAGAUGUUGUUGAAGAUGUGGAUGAGCUUGACAAAGAACCCGAUGAAGCUCAUGAUGGCAAACCCAAUCACUGUCGCCAUGGCAAUCUUCUAGAACAGAGAUCAAAAGAGAUGGUACAAUAAUAAUCUCUCGUCACAGAAUCAUUACAUUUUACAGACAUACAAUUCCAGAGAACUCCAAGUUGAUUUGGAAUGUGGUUCCAAAAAAGUUGAUUUGGAACCACAUCGAUCAAGAAGGUUCUUGAACCUUCUUGAUCGAUGUGGUUCCAAAUGAACUUUUCUUUCUGAGAAAGAUGGAACUUUUGUCAGCAAGGCAAUGAUGACUGUUUUACAGGAGUUUUAUUGAAUCUGUGUUGAUGUUUUCGACGGUGGCCUGGUUUGGCAAUCUUAAUGUUUGCAACAAAAACAGGCUAGACAGUGGUAGAGGUGGCCAGCAAGGUCAUCGGGGUGCAGCAGACACAGCUGUUAGAAACAUUUAGGAAGUAAGUGAUGAGGAGAGCUAACAGUAUCCUAGACUGUUCUAAUCACCCGGGCAUUGACGAUUUUGAGCUCGUCCCUUCAGGUCAUUGUUUUCAACUUCCCAAAUUCAAGAGCAAUAGAUCCAAGAGCAACAUCCCACAGGACAUAAACUUUCUAAAUCUACACAUGAAAUUAAAUAAUGCAUAUUUAUUGAUGCACGUUUGCACAAUGACUGUGCCUUUUAUUGAUCGUACACUGUAACCAAUCUCAUGAUGUAUAUCUGUUGUAUGGUUGUCACUGUUUUUAAAUGUUGUUUUUAUUGUUGAACCCUGACUGCACAACACAUUUCCCAAUUAGGACAAUAAAGACAUUUGAUUGUUUGAUUGAAG